CGACUCUCGUGCUUCAGUUGCUGAUAAAAGCCCGAGAAAGCAACACGGAUGCUUCCAAGUGCUCUCCGGUCUUUUAUAAGAGUUUUGUGAAUUAAAAAAAAUCAUAAAAGUGCCUUUUAGACAAAAAAAAGUUUAAGUGUUACAGAAACAGAAACAGCAGAUCAUCUCAGGAUGAAGCCACACAAUCAAUUUAGCGGGGAGAAUGGAUCGUAUGUUAAUGAGGCCCUCGACAGUAGCACCCUAGAUGUGAGAAUUCCAACAGAAGGGGAACCCCAUGGAGGUCUCAAAGGCUCCAACGAGUUCAUCCUAACGGACAGCAAAGAGCAGAAACGUAGCCUGGAGGAUGUUAAAAUGUGGUGCCGGAGGCGAGCCACGAGUGCUCUUUCACGGAAGGUUCUCUACAAGAGACUUCCCAUUCUCGCCUGGCUACCAAAAUAUAAUUCAAAUGACGCCAUGGGCGAUAUCGUUGCGGGUAUCACAGUGGGUCUUACUGUGAUCCCUCAGGCACUAGCCUAUGCUGGCAUUGCUGGCCUCCCUGCUGCCUAUGGGCUGUACGGUUCAUUCCUCGGGUGCUUCCUGUACAUCUUCCUGGGUAGCUGCAAAGAUGUUCCAAUGGGACCAUCAGCCAUAUCUUCUCUGCUGACCUUCCAAGCUGCAGAUGGAGUCUGGCAAAAGGCUGUACUCCUCACAUUCAUCACGGGGAUUAUUGAACUCCUAAUGGGAAUUUUUGGGCUGGGCUUCCUUGUGGACUUUGUCUCUGGUCCUGUAUCUUCUGGAUUCACAUCUGCGGUGGCCCUCAUUAUUGCCACGUCUCAAGUUAAGGAUAUCCUUGGAAUUAAUGCCAAGGGUAGUACAUUCAUCUCCACAUGGAGGAGUAUUUUUACAGAAGUCCAAAAUACUAGACCAUGGGACACCGUUCUUGGAAUUACCUGCAUUGCUGUGCUCCUUAUUAUGAAGAUCUUGGCCACGAUCAAGAUCGGCCCUGCUGAUGAGGAGCUCAAGUCUUCUAGACAUAAAAUCAUCAAUAAAACUCUCUGGCUUGUAGGAACAGCCCGCAAUGCAAUUCUCGUGAUCAUCUGUGGAGCAAUAGGUUACUCUUUUCAGUCAUCUGUGGUUCCAUUCCGGUUGAUUGGUGAAGUUCCAGCUGGUUUACCCACAUUCCAAGCUCCUCCUUUCUCCAUUCCUGGCAAUGAAACCCUCGAGAUCCCAGAUCAGUCCUUCCUAGACAUGGUAUCAGAUAUGGGAUCAGGCUUAAUUGUUGUCCCCCUAAUCGCCCUGAUGGAAACCAUUGCGAUCUGCAAGGCUUUUGCAAAUGGAAAACCUGUUGAUGCUACACAGGAAUUGCUUGCGAUCGGCGUUGGAAAUAUCGCCAAUUCCUUCGUUCAGGGCUUCCCAGGAACUGGUAGCUUGUCGAGAUCUGCUGUAUUCAAUGCGAGCGGAGUUAGGACACCAAUGGCUAACAUCUACACAUCCCUGCUGGUGAUCUUUGCACUGCAGUUCUUUACUCCCUACUUCUACUACAUCCCUAAAGCUACCUUAGCGGCUGUGAUCAUCGCCGCUGUGAUCUUCAUGGUUGAAGUUAAAGUGGUCAAGCCAAUGUGGAGGACUAAAAAAAGCGAUCUCAUUCCUGGCCUUGGGACCUUUAUUGCGUGCCUUGCUUUGCCCCUUGAAAUGGGUAUUCUUCUAGGAGUCGGUCUAAACAUGGUCUUCAUCCUUUACCACGCAGCUAGGCCUAAGAUUUCAGUAGAAUCCCUAGUGAGCCCUGGAGGAAUUCCGUAUAUAAUCAUAACGCCUGAUCGUUGCCUGAUCUUCCCAUCUGUGGACUACGUACGAAACCUCGUGACAAAACACUCAAGAAAACAGAAUCUCCCAAUUGUAAUUGACUGCUCCCACGUCUACGGGGCAGACUACACAGCAGCCACUGUGGUAUCCCUUCUAACCCAGGACUUUGCAGCCAGGAAGCAACCACUGUACUUCUACAAUCUCAAACCAAGCGUCUGCAGUGUCUUCGAGGGCCUUUCUCCGGUUGAUUUUGUCGUGUACUACCGCGAAGAGAAGAUUGACGAACUCCUAAGGGACUACAAGCUAAAGUCCGUAAUAGCAGGAGUAUAGCCUUAACAAAUGGUCUUCAAAAAACAAUUUAUAUUUACUUAAAAUUGUCAGUUAGCGUAGACAUAUUGAAGCAGUAUUUUUUGAUAAAGUAUUUUCUUCUCAAAUAACUUUUAGUAAGUGGUAAUGCAUUUUGAAAAUAUAUUUUACGAAUUUUUAUUAAAGUAUUAUGAAUU